CCUUGUACGACAAACGCCCACAUACACACACAUAUCCUCAUUACUAUCUCCGUGUGUUGUAUGCAAAGUACAUGCACAAGCGUGUAAAGAGUGGGCGCUUGCGCGUAUCCAUGACAACAAGUGGUUCUUACUACGACCUCUAUUUGUUCCUGACAAAUCAUUAUGGCAUUGUCGUAAAGAAAGCUCGACGUAAAAGCUCCGCUGUGAAAGCAUUGUGACUCAUAAUCGUUCACGUCGUCGCACCACGCGCGCACUUUACGCGCUGGCCCUUCCCGGAGUGAAACACGAAGUUGGAACUGGUCUCGUUCUUCAGCCUUCUUCCGCGAGCCACGCGACUUGGUGCCCAGGUUCGGAGCCGAACGUGCGAAAUUACACAUCGAUCACUGCUCGAUCGUGAAUCGUGUUCACGAAAGACCGGAUUUCGAGGAUUUUCCACGUUUGCCGACGUUGCUUGCGUAUAUCGCAAAUACACCGCGAUACAAUCGCAAUUGCAUCAGCAAGCUGGAUUUAAGUCACCGUCAUUUUUAUUCAAACAUCGCAAGUGUGUGCAAUAAGAUAUCAUUCAAAAUGAAACUAACAAGAAUUUGCCUCACGUUCGUCAAAUAGUUCUUCAAAAUCCAACGUCGAUGUGGACAGUGAUUUUACUCGGUUUCGUCCUCAAGUGCCUGCUGAAGAAGCUACGUCGAAUAGAUUCGACACGGAUCAACACGUGGCAGGCGCACAUUCCAUCCUCAUUGGGACAUCGUUUGGUGGAGAAAAUUAAGUUCCACGGAUAAACCGCAUUUGCUGAAGCCACCCUCGGUUUACGAAAAAAUCAUCGACACGCGCGGCACAACGAACACUUUUCUAAUGUGAAAGUCCUGCGCUCAACUUACACGUUGCGUACGAUUCGUCAGGAUUACACGUGUGUUGAAGCGGAGAUGAGCUUGUCUGCCAGAAGUAUGUGAGUAAAUGGCCGUGGAAGGAUCGUGUCAGUUUUCGAACAACCUACUAUGGGCAUCUGCCUGGACACUGAUCAGCAAAAUGGAUCGCAGAUGUUCGAGGAAGGCGAUGCUCGAGCUACAGGAAGAUGGCGAGGUGAAGCUGGUCUUUUGGCGACUCCACCGGAUGGACAUUUCCCGAAGCAGAACGUUGGCCCGGUUAAAUUCGAAACACCGAAAGUUCCCGUUAUAUUCGUGCUUGGCGGUCCCGGCAGCGGCAAGGUGACAUAUUGCGACAAUUUGAUACAAGAAAAGAAAGGUAUAACGCAUAUCAACAUGAUGGAUCUUCUUCAACAAUACGCACUAGGAAAUGAUAUGCAAGAUUUUGGACAACUUAGUAGUAAGACUGUCACUGAAGUACUCAUGCUCGAGAUGAAAAUGUCCCCAGGAGCCAAAGUUUUUCUUGUAAGCGGAUAUCCGCGAAAUAUGCGCGACGUAGUGGAAUAUGCCGAAAAAAUCAAAAUUGUUAACGGCGUUAUUCUCGUAUCGUGGAGACAAGAAGUGCUGGAGAGGCAAAUUGAUUUCGGCGCACAACUCGGGCACGUCAUCAUCGGAUUAGCCAGGAUGGAGUUACACAAUUUUUACAGAAAUGUCAUGCCAGUUGCAGAAUAUUUCGAUCAAAGUGGAAUGUUACUCGAGGUGAAUGGAGAGCGUAAUCCGAGCGAGGUGUAUGUUAGUUUCCGGGAUGCCGUCCUUAGAAUUCUCGGCAUGCCAGACGGAGAAAUGCGAGACCAGGAUAUACCUCAAUCUCUGGAAGCCGAGGUGGAAGUGGAGAGGAGAAAAGAGUCAGUUACAAGUUUACCGCUGGCGAAGCAGCAAGCAGCAGCAACUGCGAUGUCACCGCCUCCACCAAAAUCGAAAACCUCCAAUAAACCGAGGAAAGGGUUGCCAGCAUUUAUUUGGGUCAUAGGCGGGCCGGGAAGCAACAAGGCGACUCUUUGCACCCAAGCCGUUCACAACAUGCCGGGUUGGCAGCACAUAAGUGUCGGAGGAUUGUUGAGAACGAUGGCAUCGUCGAAUGUGGCCGUGAACGACGCCAUUGUUUCGGGGGAAAUGGUCCCGCACGACAUCGUGAUGCAGCUUGUGGAGCAGCAGAUUCUUUUGAAUCGCGACACGGACGGUAUUGUCAUGGACGGAUAUCCGAGGGACUUGAAUCAAGUGCAAGAAUUCGAGAGCAAGUUUGGACAAGAACCACCGUUGGUGUUACUCGACUGCUCCAAGCUGCAGCUCGGAAGAGGAAGGCUGGACGACAGUGUUUCGGCAUUUAGAAAAAGAUUGGAGCUAUUUCGCGAGGUGUCUCUUCCCAUGUUGAAAACACUAGAUAGCGACAAUCGUUUAACAAUUGUGGAUGGUGAUACAGAUGUGCCUAGCGUACAGCAGGAUUUCGCUGCUGCAUUGUAUCAAUUAAUGCGUCGGACGCGUCGCAAGGAAGAAGAAAGCCUACAUGAUGCGGAUUCCCCGACAAUUAAAGGAUUGCGCCCAAACGGGGUACACGCCGUAAAUGAAAAUGAACGUGCCAUACCUAACGGCGUUGCCAAGCAAAUAGCUAACGGUGUGGCGAAUCACAUUGGAAAUGGGUUAAAUGGAGUUACUGCUCAAGGAGUAGGUGCCAUUUCUAAUGGUGUGUUGAACAAUAUGAAGCAUAUUCAACAAAACGGUCACGCUUAUCAAAACGGCAUCGCGAACGGAGCGGCGCACAUGCUACAAAAUGGCGUGGCGCAUUUAGCCAACGGCAUCGCAUCCGGCAACAAUAAGGUCGCGCCCGCGAUGAACAACUAUUUGCCAAAGGAUCCCAUCAGGAAAAUGUACAAUGAAGUCGAGGGUUAUCAGCAGAACCUUCACAUGUAAGUGUGACGUCCGCAGACGACGUCUUUUUUAAUAUCGUUGAAGACUUUUUUACUUGUUAACGUCGCGCGAAGAGAUUUUGCACGAGCUGUGUAACGGGACCUUCGAUUGUAUCGACAACUUCGAUCGUUACGCGUCUGCACAUGGUCUUUCAGCGACGGAUAUAUUGAGGCGAUUGAUACAUUGGUGCCUUAGAAUAAAUACGAUUUAAGAUUUUGCAGUACAAUUUAUAGAUAUGUAUAUUCAUCAUAAAAAUGAAGCCAAAAGCGGAGUUGAUAUCAGGAAUACUGUGGAGUAAUAUUUUUGAAUUUUGAAAUAACGAAUAUACGGAACCACAUCUAUUCCACUCAAAGUUCUCUUUCUGUUUUGUCCUCUCAAUACAAUAUUAUUAUACGAUAUCUAUACUACGAUAUCUCUUCCGGAUUAAUUUUAUAUGCAAACAGAAUACAUAUAAUUAUUUUGUCUCAAUGAUUGAUUUAUAAGAUCAGCUUACAAUUAGUAUUAUUUGUAGUAUGUCGUGUAUAUAUAUAUAUAUGCAUAUACAUAUAUAUAUAUACACACACGCGUACUAUUUUACAGUAUCAAAUAAACAGAUCAAGUUCUAUAUGUGAUAUAUGUAGCAAGCAUGAAUCACAUCGUAUAACUGGAAAAAUCGUUUAGAGUGCCUAAAGAUAAAUGCAAUAUCAUUAAUCAAAGGAUUAAUGCGCAGAGAGAAGAUGUACCUGUGAUGAA